ACUGAAUGUCUAAUUUGUUAAACAUGGCGUAUUCAGUGAAUAUAUCCGUAGAGGCUCCAAUUGAAAAUCAAAUUCAGGAAAUUACUUACGAUGGACAAGAAAUUUAUCAGACGCCUUUGUCAAUGUCUGAGAGUCUUGCGAAACUAGCACAGAAGAUAGAUUUCAGUAAAGCAAGUACAGAAGAGAUAGUAAAGGAAGGUGCUGAUCAGCAAGACAAAAAUGAUGAAGAUUCAGCAACAAAGGAAUCAGCGACAUUCCAGUCAUCUCUUUGGCCAUGGGACUCUGUAAGGAAUAAGCUAAGGAAUGCCCUGACAGAGGUGUGUGUCCUCGCAGACGUCCUUGCAAUUGCUAAGGAGAAGCGGUACAUUGUGUUAGAUCAUGUCCCUCAGGAUGCUUUGGAAACAAAACCAAUGGUUCAGGUGUAUGCACGCAAAAAGGCUCUGGCUGGUGCAGCAUCUGUUCUUCUGGCAGGAGCUGAGAGAUUGCGAGCCUCACAGAACGAAUUGGCACGCAACCGAACCACACCUGAUUUUCACAUUGAGCUACUCCGACUGCGUCAGAACUGGAGGCUCAAGAAAGUCUCAAAUUCCAUCAUUGGUGAUCUGAGUUACAGGACAGCUGGUUCCAAGUAUGCACAGACUGGGAUGUUUGAAGUGACAAAGGCAGAGGAAGAACCUCAAGCGACUGGAAGUCCUCCCCCAUCCCCUGGAGCUGGUGCAGCAGCAGGGCCUCCAAAAUCAAGUUCUGCGCUACGAGUAACUGUACCCAGUGAGCUACAGGGGGUCGCAUACAUAGAGGUGCUUUGUCAGAAAGACCAGGAAGACCUGUGUAGUGCAACUAUAAACUUGCUGGGCUCUGGCCCGGCUAGCACUAACCCUGAUGUACACUGGCAGCAGAAAUUAGAGGCAGCCCAGAAUGUUCUGUUCUGCAAGGAACUGUUCAACCAGCUGGCUAAGGAAGCUGUUCAGUUGCAGGCGCCCAUCCCGCAUAUGGUAGUCGGCAACCAGAUUAUGGCAACGGUGCUGCCUGGAAUCCAACUGAUCAUUGGCCUGUAUCAUAGCACCGGAAAUGACAAGAAACCAAACCCGACACCUCCACAGAAAUCUGAACAUGAUCACGUUUUGGAGCACUCACUACAUCAGCUUCUGCGUGAGGUUCAUCAUAAGAACACACAUCACCCAUUUCCGCAUCCCUCUUCAGGUCCAGUAGGACCAAGCAAGAAACGAUGCUUAGCGGGACCAAUGGCAGCUGACAGAUAUGAACUACUGGAGAUGACUAAGAGCCAGACACUUCUGGAACAGAUAAUUCAGCAGGCCCAACAUUUUUUCAUGCGUCUUCGUACAGAGUACGUGUUGGAUACGAUCGCGAAGGAAGUGAAGGACCCACUUAUUGUAUCUCACUGGAAUGCUCUCAACUCGCCCACCCAGUCUUGUGUUAAGAUCAAUAUAAUGACACAUGGCUACGAUUCUGUUUAUCGUACAUCAUUAGUUGUACAUGUUGGUGAGAAGUCUCUGAAAUGUGUGUGCCGGGAUGGACGAGUCAUGCACAUGUCGUAUGAGCCACAGGAGCUACGAGACCUCAUAUUCUGUCAGAUUUACCAACACCAGAUCACUGCAGUGCAGGGACUAGCCAAGUGCAUGGGUUGGCAGUUUCUAGCGAAUAGCACGCACCUCGGACUUGGGGCAGUGGAGCCGCUGGGCAAUGCAAGCAGCUGUAUUCUCGCUUCCCCAAUAGGUGACCGAAUUAUUGCUGUGCGGUGUGAGCCUCAAACUGGUGUGCAGGUCGCCAUUGCACAGUCACCACGCAAGGACUUCUUUCCAGGUCAGCUGGUAAAAGAGCGGAAAUGGGAAAAUCUGGGCGGAAGUUUCAAGGAAGUUCGGUGGGACAAAAUGGAAGGAAAAAAUUUUCUUAACAAGAUGGAACUGCUGAUGUCAAGUCUGACAAGUUCACAGUGAGCUGCUUAUAAAAUGCAAUUGGAUAUGAUACCAGACCAAAAGCAAAUGUUGCACAGGGAAGUUGGCCUGUAGCAAUCAGAAAGUAUAGGUUUUUGUGACUGAUGUUCAGAUGAUACCUGGUCACAUGUUCAAGUUGGAUGAUAACAUCACGGCCACUACGGUGCAGCGGUUCCGGCAGCAGCUCAGGGAGAUCUCUAUGGAAGGAUGCAUCAGCCAGUGUGUCAGUUAGAUGCCUGCUUCGCUGCUCAUGGAGACUGUUUUAAUGACCUCUGCUCCUUUCACCAGAAUAGUCCCUGAACAGGUUUCAUUUGAACAACCUUCAUAAUUACAUAACUAAUCUUGUUAUAUGUAAAUGUGAUUCUGUAGAUAUGGAUGAGUGUGUUAAGUGGUUGUUUUGUAUUUAUUAUGUGCAGUUAAAAUGUUGUUCUGUAAUAAUAGAAAUAUCCUUGUUCUGUGACCAACCAGGUUAGAGAUGACUCCCUGAACUUAAAGAUGAAGACAUGAUAAUGUGCUGCCUUAUCAGGGCCAUUGCACAUCUCUGGGGAUGGUAGAAUGGUGAUCAGCAGAGAAAUUUGAAGAAAUUUUGAGAAAGGCCUGCUCCAACACUACUUCACCCCCCACGAAUCUCAUAUGAAGUCACCCAGGAUUGAACCCAGAUUUCCACUAUGGCAUGAUCGUCUGGAAUAAUAGUGUUGCAAUCAUCAUGUGAUGUUACACCGUGUAGUCUGGUAGAUAGGUACCAACAUUCUGGAGGAAUAUGCUGUUUCCAUAUUCGGAGUAGAAAAGUGAAUGUUGAAUUUUUUGCAUUGAAUAAAGCAGGAAGAGAAAUUGUUUUUCCAUUUUCUUCCCUUCCUCUCCUCAGUCCUAGUCUCUUAUUCCUGCUAACCUCAUCCUCCAGCUUCUUCUCUUUGAGGGGCAACUUCAGAAUUGUUUUGUAGGGUGUGACAAACAUGAGCAGUUGAUAUGGUGUUAUAAUAGAUCAAGUAAUAAAUAAAGGAAGGAUAGUCCUGGCUACUUGCAAGAUGGUGCAUAAUACAAAUUUAAAUACACUGAUUUGAAAACUGCCAUGUAACAAGUCCCAAAAUUUCUGUCUCCUAAAUUUUAUUGCAUGGGAAUUUUUACUGUAUUAUAUGAAUGUACUUAAAUAUUUAUUGAAGUUAAAUUCAAGAUGUAUUGUAAUUUUGAUGGUUGUAUGAAUGAAACUGUGUGUAUGACAAAUGGGUGUAUUUUUACAAACCUAUAAUUCCAAAGUCUUAACUUUCUGAUGUUCUCAUGUGUUGUAUAGAAUUUCUUACUGAAACAUAAGCUCUGUUAUUUUCUGUUUCAUUUAUUUUGAGUCAGGUUUGUAUAUAAUUUUUUUUAAAUGUUCUGUGUAUUUGAAUUUUCAGCAUACAGCAGAUUGAGGUGAUGAGAAUUCUGUACUCCAAAAUAUAUAAAUUAAUGUAUGCUACUGUCAGUACGUUUCACAGUCUGAUCUGUUGCUCUUGGAGUAUUUUAAUAUGAGGCUCCUGUGAUGUUUUAGAUCUCAAAAUGUAUGAAAAUUGCAUAAAAUGUGAUUUAGCAAUUCAAGAAGAAGGUCUUGGAAGAACUGAUCACCUACUUUCCUUUUGCUACAUAUUUAAUAUGUGAGAUGACAUGGAUUGCAUAGAAAACACCACACCCAGCAGUUCUGUUUUAUGUAUAUAUUCAUUUAUCCCGGAAUGUGUUUGAGUUUUGCCUAGCAAUGACCGUCUUUUCUGACUCCAUUAUUACAGCUUUCAGGCUUUAGAGUGGGACACACAGACAGCAAGGUGAUCUCAUAAGCCUUUUAUUUUUUAAAAAUAAGGAAAAUAAAUACAUUUACUAAUGAACCCUAAUUGUGCCUAUGAAGUACUUUGUUCUAUUAUACUGUGUUUUUGUAAUUUAACCUAAUCUUUUUAUGCUGAUUUAGUAAUUAGACUGUUGGCAUUUUUGGAAACUCCCAGGAAAAGGCUUCAAAGCCUCCUUUGGGGUUGCAUCUCCCACUUUGGACAGAUGAUUCAGUCCAUUACGGUACACAGAGACGUGAGUGCACAGUCAAAACGUAGUCAAAUUGUUCGUAUCUGUCAUAGUGAUACAGUAUAUAUAAUAAUAAUUGUCAAGUAUUUUUGAUAUGUCUACGCUUACAUAUUGGUGCCAAUAGUAGGCAGUGCUACCACACAGGCUUUCCUACUACACAGUGGGAUUGUAUAGACCUACAAGUUAAACCAAUUUGUGAGACAGUUGUGGACGGUGUAACAAAUUGAGCUUUGUACUUUCCAUGUGUCCACUUCUUACAUUUUGUCUCAAGCAGCUCUCACAGUUUUGUCAUCUCUGAUAUGACUUAGGAAUUGAAAGAAAAUGUUGUGGAUCAUGAAAUAUUUCACUCCACAUUAUAUUCUUGUCAUUUUCCUAAAAGAGUGAAAUUUUAAGGUAAAAAUAUAAAAAUAUGCAUUUUCAUAGCCCGGUGAAUGACAUUAAUGGUUAUUUCUUGAUGCAGAUUAAAGUUGAGUGUUAAACUACAUGGUAAUAUGCUUGGUAGACUUAGACGAAUAUCACAGCAGUACGGUUAACCUGCAGUUCUACGUAACUAACCCUGAAAACGGAUGUUACGCAUUCAGUUUGAAUGGGGACAGAAUAAUAAUAUGCUGGAAUCAGAUGGGAAUGGGUACCAGGGGCUUUUUCUGUGGAGUAAAGCAGCUGGGGCAUGAAGCUGGCAACUCACCUCUAUCUAAGGCUGAGGUUGAGAAAGGUGGAGCUGUACCUCGACUCCCACAUGUCUUCAUGGUGUCAGCUUAAUUAGUGAGACACAAGGACAUCCUCACCUUUGCCAUCAGAUUGGAAGGAUAAAUGAGUCAUUCCAGUACUAAGGAAGACCCACUGAGCAAAUAGUAUGGUAGCAAUUACAAGCUAUAAGGAGAAUGGGCAGUCUGCAAAAGUGACUUUAUGAGGACAUGUCUGUGUAGUUUGAUAGAUAGUACAAGUGUUUAGCGAAAAUGGAGGUAGCAGACUGUACCGUGUCAAAAGCUGACAUGACUAAUUGAUAUGUCAGUUGCAUUUGGUACCCACUUCAAUUGAAGAACACAGAUAACGUAAGAUUGCUGAAAAUAAUUUAUUAAUAAUCCAAUGCAGCAACAAAGAACAAGGCAAUCUACAAUGUACACAGACACAAAGAAAAUAUGUUUGGACCCAUUUCAGAAUAUAUUUGUAUAUAAAGACUGUGCUUUUACUCCAUGUCUGGAUCCCUUAUGAUGCGUUUUAUAAAGGCAAUAAGUUUACUUAUGGAUGCAUCAUGCAUGUAAAGGUUUUGUGCAAAAAGACUAUAUGGAAAUCAAGACUUUGUUACGAUUUCACACAACCAUGGCAGACGCUCUGA